UAAAACUUUAAAGUAGAAGGGAGAAAAAGCAGAUAUACCAGUAAUGAAACGAAAGUAGUAAAUUUUUUAGAAAGAAUGAAUGUAGCUUAAUAAAAUUUUAAGUGGAUACUUAACACGUAAACCUUAGAAUACUUGGACUUGAGACUUUCCACAGAAUGUUGAAAGCUUUUGCCUUGGAGAAAUGUGAACUAUUUCGAUAGCUGCUGCCUGGCUAAGAAUCUCCUGUAAAAACACAGAUUGAAAGUGAGACGGGCUGCUGUCUGCUAUCCUGCAACCAUGAGCAGUAAUGCAACAGACCUCACCACCGGCUACCUCUCCUCUGCUGCGGCAAUCCUCCUGUUUGGCUCCAACUUUGUACCACUUAAAAAAUAUGACACUGGUGAUGGGAUGUUCCUUCAGUGGGUUCUCUGUGCUGCCAUUUGGUUGGUUGCCUUGGUGGUCAACUUGAUACUGCACUGCCCUAAAUUCUGGCCAUUUGCGAUGCUUGGUGGCUGCAUUUGGGCAACAGGGAACAUGGCUGUCGUUCCAAUUAUCAAAACCAUCGGUUUGGGUCUUGGAAUCUUAAUCUGGGGAUCAUUUAACACCUUAACUGGCUGGGCAAGCUCAAGGUUUGGCUGGUUUGGGAUGGAUGCAGAAGAAGUGUCCAGGCCAAUGCUGAAUUACUUUGGAGCUGGGCUGUCAGUAGUAAGUGCGCUCACGUUUUUGUUCAUCAAAAGUGAAAUUCCGAAUAGCCCAGGCAGCUCGGACACAACACCACUGAUGACAGAGCCUGCGAUCAACGGAACCGAAGACCCGAGGGCCGAUUCCUCCUGGGUGGAUAGACUUUCUACCACGUACCGCCGCAUCGUGGGCUGCAGCCUUGCGGUAGUAUCUGGAAUACUCUAUGGAUCUACAUUUGUGCCAAUCAUUUACAUCAAGGAUCACAGCAGAAGAAAUGACAGUGUGUACGCAGGUGCUAGCCAGUAUGAUUUAGACUACAUGUUCGCACACUCCAGCGGCAUCUUUCUUACAAGUACAGUCUACUUUGUGGCCUACUGUGUGGCCAUGAAAAAUCGGCCAAAGCUCUAUCCAGAGGCAGUCCUCCCAGGCUUCCUGUCAGGGAUGCUGUGGGCCAUCGCCACCUGCUGCUGGUUCAUCGCCAACCACUCACUAAGCGCUGUGAUCAGCUUCCCCAUCAUCACUGCUGGUCCUGGACUUAUUGCUGCACUUUGGGGGGUCCUCAUUUUCAAGGAAAUACAGGGUUUCCGAAACUACUUACUGAUGAUGCUCGCUUUCUGUGUCAUCUUGACUGGCGCCUUGUGCACCGCUUUUUCUAAAAUGUAGCUAUUCCCGGCAAGAGCAGCAGAGGGCAACCGAGGGCAGCAGCGGCUAGGAGAAGGGCCUCUGCCGCACACGCUAACACUGCGGACAGCUAAGCUGUGGCGGUGUGGGUCUCUGCCACUCUGGGAAUGAACAGAUAAAUGACUGUUUGCUGCACCAACGUGAGAAUGCGAAGAGAGACGGUGUUUCAGUUCAGCGUGUGUGAAAACUCCUUCCGAUGAGCUGUUAACGAAGGCUGGACCUUGCCAGGUGACUCAACGGCUCCUAUUCACCAGUGAUGGCUUCAUCAGUGUCUACUUAGUACUAUAAUCCAGAAAAUAGGAUGGAGUUUGUACAAAGGAAAUUACCAUCCCAAUUUAUAAUUUAUUAAUAAAGAGGAGCAAAAAUAAGUACUUUCUUGGUUGAGGGAAGUAACACACACAUACCUUAUGGAAUUUAAAUUCAAAGACAUUAGCCCCUUUGCUAAGAGCAAAUGUCAUAGUUGCUACCUGAAUGUUUAAAAUGCCAGUUCAUUAUUUUUGGCCAAAAAUUAUUACUUUAAUAUUUAUAUUGCCUGCCCUUCUUAGCUCAAAAUGUUUUGAUAAUUAUUCCAGAUAAAACGGAUCCUCAGAGAGCAAGUCACCACCACUCAUGUACAUGUGAUGUAAUGUAUACAUUCACAAGCGCACAUACAUGUGUUCAUGGUUACAGAUUUGGACACAUUCUUGAGUUGCUGAAAUAGCAGUUUUAGCUCAUCAAGUUCAACUUAAAGGAAACCAACUUGUUUGACUGCAGGACUAUUUUUUGUCCUUAAACACAGUUACUUAAAAGAUCAUUUUAACUGGAAGUAUUUCUUUUGGCCCUAUUUUAGCUGAUUUCCAGGAGACAAAAGAAUGUAGCAAGUGUACUGAAUUUAUUCUUUAAGG